GCCCAAAAAAAAAAGCAAUUUCGUACAAACCAAGUAUUGUCGCCACGUUGCCACCGAAGACAAACGUCCCCCUAAACUCUUCCACCGACUCCUCUUCCUUUACGACCUUCAUCGUCUCUACUCUUUCUCUCUCAGUUGAUCAUCAAUGGCGGAAGCGAAAUUCGUCCUUGCCCUUUUAGUAUUUCUGUGUUCAAUAUUUUCCAUGAGCCUAGCCGACUCUAAUGAUUUUCAGUACUGCAGCAAGAAGAACUAUGAUGUUAAGGUCAGCGGAGUUGAUAUAACACCUAGUCCUGUGCAAAGAGGCAUCAACACCACUUUUAGCAUAUCAGCUUAUUCAGAUAAAGACAUUUCUGGGGGGAAGAUGCAGAUUGAUGUCAAAUACUGGAUAUUUAAUGUCUACAGUGAGACACAUGACCUAUGUGAAGAGACACCUUGCCCUAUUUCUGCCGGUGAUUUUGUCAUAGCACACACCCAAGCGUUGCCUGGGAUAACCCCUCCUGGUUCCUACACGCUGACCAUGAAGAUGAUGGAUGGGAAGAAGCAUGAGUUGGCAUGUAUCAGCUUCGACUUCAGCAUCGGUUUUUUUGCAGCAGCAGAACCCAAGGUGGCAGUUGCUGAUAGUUAAGUGCCGUAGUCUGUCCACUUUUUAUUCGGAGUGUCUUCCUGUCUUCUAUGUAAAAUAUAUGUUGAUGUAGCGUGAUGCCUGACUUCGUACAAUUUUAAUGAAGACUAUAACUUCGCACGUGGUUACUCCUUUUUCAAGUUCUUGGUCCAGCACCCUUGUGAAUGAUUGUUAAUGUUAUCAAUGAUGGACUCAUUGCCUGGAAUAAUGUGUUUCAAGUUCCAAGUUAAUUUGUUUCAAGUUCUUGGUCCAG